AUGUCGGGAGUGCCGCGUGGCCAGAAGCGCAAGCAUGAAGGCACGAAUACGGCAAGGAAGCGGCGACGCGUGCGUACUGGCAGCGAGGAGGCACCUGCAGAGACAGCGAGCAGCCUCGGGGGCGUUGCUGUGUUCAACAGCGAGUGGCGAGCGUUGGCAAAGGCCGGGUGGACGUCCAAGCAGCCUUCUACCAAGUCUUUGGACACACGCUACAAAUAA